CAACAAUCCGGCUGCUGUCAGAGUGUAGCCGUGUCGGCUUCUCAACAAGGCUAAUCUGAUAAUUUCAAUCAAUCGAACAACAAUAAUCGUCGGAAGACGAAGCAUCUCACAUUGCUUUCAGUCUAUUUUCACAGUUCACUCCCUUCCUGUUUUCCUCCACUGAAGCAAAGAGAGCACAGAAAAGCAGCGAGAAUGGAGAAGCCAAGCGAGAUCAGCAGUUCGAAGAUGUUCGGAGGGUACAACAAGAGAUACAAACAUUACAGCUCGACUCUGGGCUGCUCCAUGACCUUCCACAUUUACUUCCCUCCCUCCCCCUCUCAGAAGAUCCCCGUGCUUUACUGGCUUUCUGGUCUCACAUGUACAGAUGAAAAUUUUAUAAUCAAGUCUGGAGCUCAACGUGCAGCUGCGGCUCAGGGGAUUGCACUAGUUGCCCCUGAUACAUCUCCAAGAGGCCUUAAUGUGGAAGGAGAGGCAGACAGCUGGGACUUUGGUGUAGGUAUGCAACGUUGUGCCACUCAUAUCCACAACAAUGUUUCAGCCACUAUUCUAAUUGAUCAGGGGGAUGAUGAUAAGUUCUUGCAUGAACAAUUGCUUCCUCAUAAGUUUGAGGAGGCAUGCAGGAAUGCAAAUGUUCCACUGCUCUUGCGCUUGCAGCCUGGGUAUGAUCAUUCUUACUUCUUCAUUUCGACUUUCAUUGAUGAUCACAUUCGGCACCAUGCCCAAGCUCUUAAGUUGUGAAACCUGCAUCAUUGGAGGCUUUGAACAAUCUAGGAUGGAUGUGUGUGCUAUUUUUCUUGUUCUUGAUUUGAGUUUCCUGGUGUACCUAAACUUCCUCAACUCCGUAAUGCUUGAAUAAGUUUCUCUACUAUCUCCUGCAUGAAAUUACUCUUUGUAGGUUGAGCA